CCCGGGGGUCCCAGGGUCCCCUCGGGUCCCUGCGCCGGCUCAACACAGGCAGCGCUGCGUCCCUGUGCGGGGUGUCGUGGGCCAGGCUGAGGAGACAGAGGAGAAAGUCAGCAGCAGUUGUUUCCCGAGGAUGUUUCUCCUGCAGAAGGUCCGGGUUGAUCCUCCUCCAGCUCCUGCUAUACAGCCAGAAGACGCUCUCCCACAUCUUCACUGCCCUUCGCUGGAGCAUUUCAGAGACAACUAUUUAAUUCCACAAAAGCCAGUUGUCUUAGAAGGGAUUAUCGACCACUGGCCAUGUAUGAAGAAGUGGAGUGUGGACUAUUUUUGUCAAGUUGCGGGGUGCCGAACAGUUCCUGUAGAAUUGGGUUCCCGAUACACAGAUGAGGAAUGGUCUCAGAAGCUCAUGACUGUCAGUGACUUCAUCAACCAGUAUAUCGUGAAUGAGAACAGUGUAGGAUACCUUGCCCAGCACCAGCUUUUUGAUCAGAUCCCAGAAUUGAAGCAGGAUAUCAGUAUCCCUGACUACUGCUGCCUGGGGGAAGGGGAAGAGGAUGACAUCACCAUUAAUGCUUGGUUUGGCCCAGAAGGCACUAUCUCACCUCUUCACCAGGAUCCCCAGCAAAACUUUUUAGCCCAGGUAUUUGGAAGAAAAUAUAUCCGUCUAUAUUCACCUCAAGAUUCUGAAAACCUAUAUCCACAUGAAAGCCAUCUUCUUCACAAUACUAGCCAGGUCGAUGUGGAGGAUCCUGACUUAAUUAAGUUUCCCAAUUUUAGAAAUGCUGCAUCUCAGUCUUGUAUUCUGAUGCCUGGACAGGUUUUGUUUAUUCCAGUUAAAUACUGGCACUAUGUACGAUCUCUUGAUAUCAGCUUUUCUGUAAGUUUCUGGUGGUCAUAGAUCAGAAGCAUGCAUAAAGUUUGUUAGAACUGUAAUAGCAAUUAAAAAGUAGCAGCUUUUGCCACUCUGCAGAAGAGAAUUCUUUUUAAACCUGAGAAAGUUCUCUAUGCACAGUUCAGAGCUGGAGAAAAAAUUUCCCGCUUCAGCAUAGUGAAAGAAUCUGGACAACUAAAUGGAAGGAAGUUGCUACAGCCACUUUAUUUUUGUGAAUGUUUCUAAUAUAAAGUCCUUGUAAAGAGCA